GUUUGUUUGAAGUUCGUAAAACACAGUUUCGACGGGACGUUUUCAUAUUCAAUGUUCAAAGUUUACGCCGAAGAAUAGGAGAAUUCAGGUCGAGAUACUCUAGUUUCAAGUUUCUCCGAUUAUUCUGUCGUCGCGUCGGUGAAACUGUUCCCGGUAAGUUUUCGAGAAGUAUAGCGUUUCAUGACAGCGAGUUUGGUCCGAGACUUAGCCGUAAAUUCGUGCAGGCGACGUAACGCGAACCUCUGGCCGUUUCCAACUUGACAAAUCUGCCGCGCGCAAUUACGCUGUUCCAGGUGGGCAGAUUCAAAGGACGAAUUGCCGUGGUCAUCGUAGAAAUCAGUGGGACACAGGGAAAAAUGUUCGGUUAGACGACCGAAAUAAAAGGCCGACGCGAACGCGAAACGAUGGAUCUCUCUCGUUUUAUUUCGCUUCCCGUACGCUCCACGACCGAUGCUCGUUUAUUCUUUUACGCUGUUGAUCCUUUCCUAGAAACCGAAUUAAUUCCCUUUCCUACGCUUUUUUUAAUCGACACAGGUUAGCUUCCUAUUUUUUUUCUCCGCUGGACGAGGAGGUUAAAGAAAGAAAGCUUACAAAAUAAUUUCGUAAAAUAUAAUAUUAAAAUUUAUUUUCUUAUUUUCUACACGAUUACCUAACGAGAGAUGCAUUUCGCGAACGACAUUUAAUCAAAUAAUUGUACGUCCGAGCUUGAUGGAAAAUUUAAAGUUUCCAAUGGAAACUCGUGUCGAAGUUGCAAAGUCAUAAAUCAAAAAGUUCGUUUUGCCUCCUCCUCUCCUGUUACUCGAAUAUUAAAGCAAAGACGAUGCUCGUUCGGCGAAGCAAACUUUUGCCACCAACAAAAGAUGCGGUAUUCAAUGUUUCAAAGCUUCCAAAAUCGAAGCACCUUCGUUGAUAAGAAAGACACGUAUUUUCGUAUGUCUCGUGGUUAUAAUUAAUAACGCCUAUUUAGAGCGUAGGCAGCAUACGAACAUCUGAGGAAAACUUAUAUGUAGAUACAAAUAAUAACGCCCGUAACAUUUUCCCAGUCAAGUAUAUUUGAACUGGUUAAUUACCGACCGCUUCGCUAGAUACACAGUAGUUGUUUCUAAGCAAUUACAAAUAAUUAACAGUGGUAGAAUUACACAGUUGCAAGCUGUUAAUGUUUAUCAAGAGAAGGAAUAUACGAAGUUUUGUGCCGAGAACGAGCACGAAACGAGACGAUCGUGAAAACUAGCGUACAGAUAAUUUGCAUUGCUGACUGUCGGGAAAAUUCAAUUCUCUCGGAACAAGCGUUAUUACGACAACGAACCGUACACGAUUCGAGGUUGGAACGCGUCUCCUCGCGAUAACGGUUCUCGUCUAUGACGUUGGACCCGGAACUCGCCUACUCCGAUCCCGUCCAUCGUUAACCGCACCCUAACUCGUUUCUUAUAUCUACUUUCAUGCAGGGUUGAAGGUUAUAUCGUCAACUUCUUCGAUAUUCUCGAUGGAGUAUAUAAGUCAGUGUGUCAGGAGGGUUGACCAUCAGUCACCGGACAGCCGAAGACUAAAGCCACAAAUAACAUGAAGUACUUGGUCGUCCUCGUAGCCGCUUUGGCCAUUGCCUCCGGUAGCCCGGAACGCGAACGUCGUUCCCUUGGCUGGGGAUCGCACGGAACCGUAGUCCUGGGCGGCUUGCUGCCCGGCGUAGCGGUCGCAGGACCAGUGGCUCCUUCGGCUGCCGUUAUCGGGGAACGACAGUAGUGUCGGGUCCCGCGGGAGCAAUCGUGGCACCCGGACCUGGCCUUCUAGGACUCUGGUAGAUCGCAACGUCUCUCUGGAUUCGACCCCGACAACUCGAAGCAACUCGAACGAACUCCCUCGUCGAUCUGCAAACGGCUUCUCGUCGACCGACGUCUUCGAGACUUUCAUCGGACCCGAUCAUCGUUUAGAACAGAAAAUCUUCGAGAUUCGACCACGAAAUAUGUUUCUUAAUGUACGCCUCCUCUUCGAUUCGAGCAUACUAUUUUCGACAUACUAUGUCGUUAGAACGUCGAAGAGAUUCUCCCACUGUAAUUAGUUGCA